UUGAUAUAUUUAUUGUGAUUGAUUGAUUAACGAUCUGUGAUCAAAAUUAAUGAAUUCUAAUAAAUUUUAAAGGAUUUUAUCUAAAAUAUUUUUUUGUUCAGAAAUGAGUAAAUAUAUCAUUCUUAUUUCGGCCAGUGUUUCAUCAAUCUGUGGUGGUUUUGUAUACCUAAAAACCAAUCGUUCGACAACGACGCCCACAUCACCACCAGAUGAAUACAUUGAUUUACCGGAAAUUUUUAGCCAAUACAAUAAUAACAAUUUUGGUGAAGCUGAUAAAGUUGACGAUAGUGUUGAUUUCAGUAAAACAAUGGAAAAUUGGUUUCCCAAAUGGGAAUUCCUGAUAAAAGUUAAAAAUGAACUCGAUUGUUUAAAAUUAGCACAAACAAAUGAUUAUAAUCAAAGUUUACGCGCAGCAAGAACUAUUGAUAAAAUUGAUUUAAAACAAUUUCGUCGUCCAUUGUUGUUAGAUAAAAUUAUCAUAAAAAUUAAUGGUCAAAUUCAACAUUUUGAAUCUUUACAUGAAUUGAUGGUACAUUUAUUACGUUGUACAUUGGAAACAAAUUAUCAAUCUGAAUGUGCAAAUUAUCUAACAAGGCAAACAUUGGUAUUAUUUGAACAUAAUAAUCCUUUAACGGAUUUUUCAUUCUAUCAUGAAUAUAGUACUACUAAUCACCGUCAGAAAUCCGAUGAUCUCAAUUAUAUUCAAAUGAAACGAUAUAAAAAUCUUUAUUUUCAAACAUUAUUGCAGAAUAUCAUGAGUAAUGAAAAUUUGGCCACCUGUUUGAUCAAUAAUGGUCUAUUGAUUGCUUUGUUAAAAUUUCUUCAAUUAUUUACAGAUCGUGAUAGUAUCCGAUGGAUAUCGACCAUUAUAUCAGCUUUAAGUGUGUACAAAAGUAUUCAUACGCAUUUCUAUCAUACCGGUUGGAUUGGUAUAUUGGCCGAAUGGUUGCGAUCAUCUGAUUGGCAUCUUAAACUUGAAGCUGGAAAAACAUUGUAUAAUAUGUCGAUGACAAUGAAAACAAAUGAAUCAUUACAUCCAUCAACCUAUUUAUUAUGGCCAUUACAUGAAAUUGAUACAUUACGUCUUGAAUAUGAUGUUGUUUUCAUACAUGGAUUAAAAGGUGGUGUAUUACGUACAUGGCGACAAUCAGAUUUGGCUAAAAAUUCAUCUGAUUAUACAGAAUUAUGGCCCAGAUCAUGGUUGGCACAAGAUUUUCAUAAUUGUCGUAUUAUUGCCGUACAUUAUGAUUCAUUUCUAAGUAGUUGGAAUAUUAAUUGUUCGAGUGAUGAAUUUACAAUCAAAGAUCGUAGUGUUCAAUUAAUUAAAGAACUACGUGAAGCUGGUAUUGGAUCGAAACCGAUAAUUUGGGUAACACAUUCAAUGGGUGGAUUAUUCGUUAAACAUAUGCUAACUUAUUGUCAUUCAGAUAUAUCGGAUAAUCAUCCAUUCCUUCGGCAAACAAAAGGAAUCGUAUUCUAUUCAGUUCCACAUCGUGGUUCAGAAAUGGCCGUUUGGUCACAAAAUAUUCAACGUAUCAUUUAUCCAUCGAAUCAUGUUUUAGAAUUACAAAAAGAUUCACCACAAUUACUUCAAUUAAAUGAUGAAUUCAUACGAUUAGUACGUGAUCGACAAAUUGAUUUGCUUAGUUUUGGUGAAACAAAAAAAUGUACAUUAUUAAAGAAUCCAAUUGAAUGGCGUGCAUUACUCGUCCCAGAAGAAUCAGCUAAUCCUGGAAUCGGAAAAUUUAUACUAUUGCCUGAAAAUCAUUUCAGUAUAUGUAAACCGAAAGAUCGUAAUGAUAGAUCAUAUCGUGAGCUAAAAGAAUUUAUAGCAGAAAUAUUAUUGAAAGAAAAAUUGGAAUCAACAAAGAAAUCAUCGUGGCGAAAAUAUGCUAGCUUUUCAUGA